AUGAGCGAAAAAGUUGAAAUUGCAAAGCCACCGCCAGUGGUGGCAGAAGUCGUCAAUCAAGACGCAAUUUCGUCCAAGGAAAACUCUCCACAUCCAGUGCGGCCGAAGAAAGCGCUUCAAUCCACGCCUCUCCUCUUCCUGCACACGGUUGGGAGCAUCGCCUUGGCGUUAGUGCUCGUUUAUGCGGUCGACGGAUACAACGCUGGAGAUGAUUCAACUCCGCGAUAUGUCGACGGAAAACUUCUUCUUCGAUCGUCAGAUGUCACAACCUUGGUUUCAGCCGCAUUGGUUUUGAUCAAGUUCUUCACCACGUCCUGGGCAGCUAUUGCGACCUGGAGAGGGCUCACGUCCAAGCAGGUGUCGUUCAUGACGAGAUAUAAGCUUCUUCCUUGGAUGCGGCUUCCCUUCGGGCGACCAAGGGGUCGUCGCAGUUGGGCAGUUGCCCUUUCCCUUCUCUGUUCCUUUCCCCAGCCAUUUAUAGCUCCUCUUCUUUCCGGUGCGGUGAACUGGAAUCCAUCUUUCGCCGCCGGUCCGCAAACAGCGGCUGUAUCCGUGAACUGGACAAACCCAACUGCAAGUGGUUCUUACUGGGACCAAUAUACGAAAUUUGAUUACCCUAUCAAGAGGACCGAUGUCCUUAGAGAGGCUCUAGGGUAUGCGAACAUAGCUUGGUCAGAUACCACAACGGUCUCCGCCAAUGGAACUUCUUUGAGAGGCAAUGGGUGCCGCCACGUUGUGAAUUUUGACGGUCUUCCAGAGAAUUCAACUCUCACAAAUUUUGUUGUGCCUUGCAUAAAAGUUCAGAAUAUAGCUUGGGCAAUGUCAGCAGCGGAGGUCCCAAAUGCGGUCUUUGCUCAAGCCACUACAAACGGCUGGCAAUUGAGUGUCUUGAACGACUCACUUGUCCGCUACACGAAUCCAGGGCACGCCGUCCUAUUUGAUGUCAAUAAUUUGUGGUACAAUAAGGAUAUUUGGACGACUUCGCUUCCGACGGCAAACAAAGUCACUGGAGCCAACUCUCUAACUCUCAUCAUCGCCAACCAGUACUCGGAUUGUCAGAACCUCACAGCAAACCAGUUUGGCAAUGUGAACAGCUUUCCGCAGUUUAAGACCUCUUGGGCGCUCGGUAGCUGUUAUCUGUUCGCUAAUGUGACUAUAGAGGCGGGCGUAACAACUAGUAAGCUAAGCAAAUAUGUAUCGCCUCGAGUUAUUGAAGACCAGACACCUCUUGACGACACUACUAUAGAUCCUAACACAUGGUCGCAAGAGGCUGUUUGGCUUCUUCCAGAUAUGAUGACUUCACUUUCUCAGAUGAACUCUACUCUGCUCCCGACCUGGAACAACCUAGAUCUCUAUGUGGAGAGUCUCAUCCGCCAAAGUUAUUUGGGUGCGUGGGACAGUUUCCACAACAAUUGGGAUACAGACGGCACAAUAUCUCUCGCGAUCCCCCAGCAAGCCCGAGUCCGAGCUGAGGUCUCCCAUGCGCGAGUGUAUUCAUGGCUGGCUAUAUCUCUACUGGAGACUGUUAGUGGGAUCUUCUUAGUCUACCUGCUCCUGAAUCCAGGUUUGCUGCAAGAGCCAGAUCUACCGGGGGAAAUAAUAUCUGAGCAGAUUAGAGAUGCCAAGGCCUCUGGGAAGAAGAUCAUGGACAGCCUGUCUGAUUUAAGCUUUUUUUGA